GGUUUCUCCCAAGCAUGGGAUGGGAGGUGUCUGUGUGUGUACAUUUAUAAGCACAAGAACAUCUUUACUAAUAGCAGCUGACACUGGCCAGUGAUCACUUCUCUUCUGACAGAGGCAAUACACAACAGCCGGCUACCAUGGGACGACAGAAGGAUUUUGUGAAUAAGUGCUGUGAGAUGCUACGUAUCAGGAACAAGCUGUUAAGACAAGCUUUAGCGGAGUGCCUGGGGACACUCAUUCUUGUGAUGUUUGGCUGUGGCUCCGUUGCUCAAGUGGUUCUCAGCAAAGGCUCCCAUGGACAAUUCUUAACAGUCAAUCUGGCAUUUGGGUUUGCUGUCAUGUUGGGUAUUCUAAUAGCUGGGCAGGUAUCAGGUGGACAUCUUAAUCCAGCCGUGACGUUUGCUUUGUGCAUCAUGGCAAGAGAACCAUGGAUAAAAUUUCCCAUAUACACAAUCGCUCAAACCCUAGGCGCAUUCCUGGGAGCGGGGAUUGUUUACGGCUUGUAUUAUGAUGCCAUCUGGUUUUUUGCAAAUGACCAGCUCUAUGUGAUGGGCCCCAAUGGAACCGCCGGCAUCUUUGCAACAUUCCCAACAGAGCACCUGACACUUAUGAAUGGCUUCUUUGAUCAGUUUAUUGGCACAGCAGCUUUGGUAGUGUGUGUUUUAGCCAUUGUGGAUCCUUACAAUAACCCCAUUCCUCGCGGGCUGGAAGCUUUCACGGUGGGAUUUGUAGUCCUGGUAAUUGGUCUGUCUAUGGGCUUCAACUCUGGAUAUGCUGUCAACCCUGCCAGAGAUUUCGGACCUCGUCUGUUCACUGCUCUUGCUGGUUGGGGUACAGAGGUAUUCUGGGCUGGCAGUAAUUGGUGGUGGGUGCCUAUCGUCUCACCCUUGUUGGGGGCAUUUGCAGGAGUCCUGGUCUAUCAGCUGAUGAUUGGAUGCCACAUUGAGCCUCCUCCUCAAUCUUCUGAUCAAGAAAACGUCAAGUUGGCCAAUGUCAAACAGCAUAAAGAUAGAAUCUAAAGCACUUGCUGUAAGGGGACUCUGAGAAUUUCAAAAUGGCAACAGAAACUGAACAAGCUGGUCAAGGAACAGCCAAUACACUCCAUGAGUUAUAAUAUAGCUUUGUUGUGUGUUAUUAGUUGCUUCGCGCAUGUGCGGAUAGGUCUUCCUUUUACAAUUCUGUGUACAUAAAAGAAAAAAACGUAUGGACUAUGGCAGCACAAGUGCUUCGAUUAAUUGUGUCUUAAAACCAGUUUGAUGUUUUCUGCACCUUCACAGCCGAUGUCUUUUAGUUUCAGUCCCACAAGUGCUGGUGACUUUGCUUAUUAAAUAAUGCAGUUUUUGGUUCCAGCAAUUUUUUGGGGGGGCUUAGAAUGAAUCAAUAUUUUGUUAGCUUUUUUCCUUGUGGUUUAUGCACUUAUGUACGAACAUAGUUUCAUAGGUGGACUUUUUUAAAAGAAAAGUUAAUUCUCAUAUUGAGUAUUGCUGUUGGAAAGGUGAUCAAUUAUACUGCACCAAGAGAAAAUACGAGUGGUUUGCAAGCCAGGGUGGAAAAAAUUUCAUAGGAAAAGUACUGAAAUUUCAGAAUUCAAAAAAGCCUAUAAGUGUUUCACUGUGUUCUUUAAAAGCCCUGCAUCUCAUCAAUAAAAUAAGCUUACAGCUCUAUAUGUUCGCAAGAAUAUAUUAAAGAAAUAAAAUACAUAUUUAUAUGCAAUGUAGGUUUCAACAGUAACACCAAAUAUUUCAGGUAACUAGUUGGCAAAACCUUCAAGUCAAGUCUGGGACAUUAAACCCAAAUUUUUUCUUUCAUGAUUUAGAUAGAGAAUACCAUUUUAAACAACUUUCUAAUUUACUUCAAUUAUCUAAUUUGCUUCAUUUUCUUGAUAUUCUUUCCUGAAAAGCAUAUCUAGAUAGGCUCAGUAGCUUCUGAUUGGUGGCUGCACAUAGAUGCCUCAUGUGAUUGGCUCACCAAUGUGCAUCGCUAUUUCUUUAACAAAGAAUAUCUAAAGAUUGCAGCACAUUAGAUAAUAGAAGUAAAUUGGAAUGCUGUUUAAAAUUGUAUUCUCUAGAAAAUUUUUGGGUUUAAUGGCCCUUUAAGUUUUUGCAAUGGCACAUAUAACGAUCACAUAUACUAUAUAUAUCAAAAUGAAUAAAAUGUUAAUGUAAAAUUUAUAAAGAGAAACCUAAGAAAAUAUUGAUUUUAAAUAAAUUAAGCGUCAAGAAUGAAUGCUUUCUGGAAGGUCCUUUUUAAUUUGAGAUGUUUUUACAAUAUUUGACACUUUGUAUAUGCUCUUAAUUACUAUUGCUUGUUAUAUGAAUUUAAAGUAUUUUAUUUGACAAUAAAAACAAGAUUGUAAUAGACAA